AUGGGAACAGGAUUGCGACCACCGCCUUUCAAAGGCUCCCAGACGAGAUCCAAGCCGCUCUUCACGGACCUGGCCUAUCGAAGCCGCGACGACUUGGACCUCUACAACGACUUCUGCGAGGAGGUUCGGAGUUUGUUCGGAGUUCGACGCAGCAGGAGGGAGCUGGAGGGGAGCUGGAGGGCUGUCAGCGAUGCUGAGCGAGCAGGCACGCAAGAUCACCGAAAAGUGAGGUCUCAUCGCGAAGAUUCGUGGGAUGAUGCAGCCGCUCGAUCGCACUGUUUCACGGGCGCGCCAGAGCAUCCACGUAAGGCAGAAGCAUGUGGAACGGUCGGUCAGGUGGUAAGGAUGCAAAUGAACAUGGAGCGGGACGACCUGGCACGUCUGCUGGAGCCCUCGGAGGUGGAGAACAUCAAAAGGGCACAGAACCCGAUUGGCAUGGCCAUCAACCGGAUCCGCACCAUCGAGCGUGAGUCCGGACGGCCCAAGGAGAUGAAGCAGCGAAAAGGUCAAGGAAAAGGCUCCCGUCAGGAGGAGAAGAGUGCUGCCGAGGCGGUGAGAAGGAGCCGAAGCCGCAGUGCUCGGAGCAAGGCCUCUUGA